AUGAACCAGACACAGCCGUACAUGGAUGUGCAGUCGUCGCAUUUGGCCUCCUCGCAGCCGUACACCUCGCAGGGAACGCCGACAGAGAACAGCAUCUCGCACUAUCCGCAGUACCAGCAGCCAUCGUUGCUGCAGCCGGGGCCUACCGCAUAUGCCCCUUCGCAUAACUAUCCGCCACAGUACGGCUACUCGAAUGGCAUCACCUCGCCCCCCAGCAACCAGCCAGUACCAAACCCCUUGAACGGCCAGGGACCAACUCAGAUUUUGCCUCUCCCUCCAUUAAACUCCACGGCUCCAAACUCUCACGGCUACGUACCAAACUCCGCGAGUCAGGUCCAACCUUACUCGUCCCAGACUCCAUACGACACUACUGGACAGAUAGCACCGCCAGGAGUGAAGCCUCGAGUCACCGCCACGCUGUGGGAAGAUGAAGGCAGCCUCUGCUUCCAGGUUGAGGCCAAGGGCGUCUGUGUUGCUCGAAGAGAGGACAACCAUAUGAUCAACGGUACAAAACUGUUAAACGUUGCUGGAAUGACCAGAGGCAGGAGAGACGGUAUUCUCAAGAGUGAAAAGAUUCGACAUGUUGUGAAGAUUGGCCCCAUGCAUCUGAAGGGUGUCUGGAUACCGUUUGAGCGUGCACUUGACUUUGCCAACAAGGAGAAGAUUACCGAUCAGCUCUAUCCACUCUUCGUUCACGCCAUUGGAAGUCUACUCUACCAUCCAGUGAACGAAAAUCGCGCCAAUGCUAUCGUCACAGCUUCGGAUCGAAGACGGAUCGAGAGCAGCCAGCCAUUGGGGCGCCCUGGACCCGGAGCACACCCUCCACCACUUCACCAUCACCACUCGAUGCAGAAUCCAACAACUACGCAUAUGUCUCAGCCAUCUUCACUCGCUACAAUGCCGCAUCCCAUGCCUGGCCGUCCUCCGCUAGACCGCGCUCACACUUUUCCCACACCUCCCACCAGCGCCUCUAGUCUCGUAGGCAUGCCCAAUCAACCCGGGUCGUACGAGUGGAACGGUCAGAAUAUGUCCAACGGUGUUCAGAGCUCUCAGCCACUCCCACUAGAGUCUGGAAUGAAUGGCACUAGGUCAAUGCCAACCACCCCUGCCACGACUCCACCAGGUGCAAACAUGUCUGCCAUGCAAGCCUACCAGGGCCAGUCUGCCUACAGUGAUUCCAAAGCCUACUACUCCUCAGCCCCAGCUCCGCAGUCACACUACGCCUCUCACCAACCUGUAUCUCAACAGAGCAUCUCCAGCCAGGGAAACGGCCAGGUAAACGGAUCGAAUGGGGCUAACACCAAUGAACCGGAGUCCACAGAACAGCACCAAGGCACUGACGGCGAGUAUAUCAACGAUUCAAAUGGUAAUUACAAUUCCAAUCGUGCUUCAUACCCUGCCUACCCGUCUACCCAGGCCGUUGGCUCUAUGCCCAGUGAACAUACGCCUCUCCCUUCUGAGAUGGCCGCUCCUCCACCUCACCAGAACGGAGCAGACAAGCGUUCCUCGGGACCCUGGCCAUCAACGUAUACCCCUCGAUCAGGAGCCCCCAGCAGCGUCUACAGUGUAAUGAGUGACACCCGCAACUCACCCGCCAACAAUUCCGGCACUGCAACUUACCCAGAUGCCUACUCCGCCUCCGCUAGCACACCAAGCUACUCUUCAUCAAUGAACAGCUCAAGCAAACGUUCCCGUGACGAAGACGAUGUAGAAGAGAUUCCUCGCUCCGAUAGCCGUGGUGAGGGUUCCGUCUACGAGCACAAGCGUCGGAAAACGCUCAUCGACUCUGCCUCCGGUCCGAUUGUCCCGGCCUCCAUCAGCUUACAGAGUGUACAAUCUGGCAACUUUCCAAGACGGAUCUGA